AUGAAAUAUAAACUGGGAUGGACACUUGCAUUAUUGUUUCUACUUGCACAUAUUCAAAAUUUUACUUAUGCUUUUGAUUGUUAUUUUUGUGCAAAUUGUUUAAAUACUCAACGUGGUAUCCGUAUUUCAGCUCGUCCAGAAGAUUGGUGCUAUAAAAUUGUAUGGCCAUCAGGUCGAGGAAAUCAACAAAUGGUAUCACGUGGUGCAUCAUCUGAUUGUCGACAAAAUAGUUAUAAUGAUCCAAGUAUGGCCAUUCCAGGAGUCUUUUCAAGCACAGCUCGAUAUUGUUGUCGAAGUCAUCUCUGUAAUUCAGCACCUACACAUGUUCACUUAGUUGACAAUAUUGAUUAA